AUCCUUGAACUAGAAUCUGAAAUCGCCCGGCUCAGCUCGGAAAACGUCCACGUCAAAGCUGCGAACAAUGCCCUCAAGUUCGACACAGAGCUUCUUGAAGAACAGCUCGGGUUUCUUGAAAAUGCUGAAAGGCCUCUAUCCUCUGAUGUGCGGCUCAUCACCAAGGAGGCAUUGAACAUGCUGAAAAACGAGGCGAUAAAAUGCGCUGAAAUGGAGAAGCUGGUGAAGAGCCUGAUUGAUCUGGGUCUGCAGACGGAGGAGCCUGUGUUUCCGCGAGUGUAUAAGGCGGUGAUGGCCGGCGAGGCGCACGACGAGGCCAUUGUAGAAGCUAUACGGGACGCUGCGUCCAAGCCUGGUAGUGCCUGGUCGAGCAUCAUCCCUGCAGUCAUCGGGCCACGCACCAACGAUCAGUACAUCUCUGCCCUCAACAUGACGCUUGAAUGCCGACGGGAGAACCGCGAGCUGCAGGCAGUCAAGAAGUUCUGGAAAGGGGUGGCGAAGGAGGAUGAAGCCAACGCGGACCUCAUUACACCCUCUGCAUCGACGCUCUCAGCUGUUCAAGUUGCGCUUAGCGAGGAACGCCAGCACGCCGUCGACAAUCUCCUCACUAAGUUGCGAGACGGUACUAUUCCCCUUCGCAGUCAAGUCGUGCGUCAGGCGACGGUGCCAUCGGAGCCAGAUCUGUCGAAUAUAACUACGAAUGAAUCUAGCGUGGCUGCUAGUCUGCCGUCCCUGCAACCCGAGUCUUCGACGUCCUCGGAUAGCUCU